AUGCCUCCUUAUUCUGUUGAGUUGGCUCUUCAGUUAUUAACACAAUUUCCCCCUUUUCUUAAUUGAAUUUUGAUUUGUUGUCAUAUAAAGAUUCACGGCACGUUUCCACCAUUAGCAGCACAAAACCAGGAGGAUACACCUGCUCCCAGUCUCCUCAGUUCAGGAAAACGCUGCCGUUUUCAAGGAACUGUCUGAAAAUUCACUCUUUUGAGUUGAACUCCACACUCCUUGUUCUUCCUCUAGGCCACUCUUUUUGGCAAAAUAAAAUCCGGGUUUUUCUGGGAGUUUCGAAUAAUUUGAAGAAAUGGGGAACAAAUUGAUUUGUAUGGCCAAAAGAAAUAGUAUUAAAGAAAAUAACGUUGGAUCAAGAAGCAAGAGAAAUGGUGAGAAAUCAUCUAAGAGGAGGAGUUUAAUGGAGGAAGAAUUGCUGCACAGGCAAGCCCUUUCGAUGGCAAUUCAGCAGCAUCAGUUGUCUCAGAGGUUUGAAGGUUCCAUGUCUAGGCGUAUUGGAUCCACUAGCUCUCGCCGCCGCAAUAACAAUUUUUCUGAUUCUUUCUCUACAUCCACUAAACAGUUACCAGAAUUUUUGGAGAAUAUCAAAACAAAGAAAAUUGUUCUGAUCCAUGGAGAAGGAUUUGGAGCUUGGUGUUGGUAUAAAACUAUUGCUCUGUUGGAAGAGACAGGAUUAAAUCCUGUUGCGUUAGAUCUUACAGGAUCUGGCAUUGAUCUAACUGACACUAAGGAUGUUACAUCGCUGGCAGACUACUCAAAACCAUUGGUUGAUUAUCUGGAAAACCUGCAGGGGGAUGAACAGGCGAUUUUGGUAGGUCAUAGUGGUGGUGGUGCUUGCAUUUCAUAUGCCUUGGAGCAUUUUCCUGAAAAGGUCUCUAAAGCAGUUUUCCUUUGUGCUACUAUGGUUUCAAAUGAGCAAAGGCCGUUUGAUGUGUUUGCUGAACAGCUUGGCUCUGCAGAACUUUUCAUGCAGGAAUCCAAGUUUCUGAUACAUGGGAAUGGCAAGGACAAGCCUCCAACUGGAUUCAUGUUCGAGAAACAGCAAAUGCAUGGGUUAUAUUUCAACCAAUCUCCAACCAAGGAUGUUGCUCUGGCCAUGGUUUCAAUGAGACCCAUUCCCCUUGGUCCCAUGAUGGAGAAACUUUCUCUAACACCUGAAAAGUAUGGAACGAGCCGUCGAUUUUAUAUCCAGACAUUGGAAGAUCAUGCACUGUCACCAGAUGUCCAAGAAAAGCUUGUGAGAGAAAAUCCCCCAGAAGGCGUAUUUAAGAUUAAAGGCAGUGAUCAUUGCCCUUUCUUCGCAAAGCCUCAGUCACUGCACAAAAUCUUACUUGAGAUUGCUCAAAUUCCAUAGGAUCAGCCAAUCUUUGACCAGGGGAGUACUUGCUUCAUAGAGAGGAUAACUUCAUUCAUGUAACUUGUAAGGCUGUUUGUACAUUGGGUAAUGCAACUUGUUGUAUAAUAGGAAAUGGUUAUCUUUCUUUCUCAAAUUUUCUAUAGAUUUUUGAAUUCUGAACUGCUUUUUGUACUAUUAAAAUUCACUGAAAUCCUCCAUGAAGCAAACUUACUGUUGAAGAAUUCUACAGAGUAUAUAUUAGCUCCUUUACUGCAGAUGGAAAUGUAGACAGAGAGUUAUACAAAAAAUAUUAUGACUUAAGAGGCUAUAUUCCUUCUUA